UCUGAGAAAAGUGAGAAUCAAAGCAGUAAACUGGUGACACUAUCAACUGUCAAUGUACAACCUUGGGAAAAUGAUUCAGUUCAAACAGCUAACGAUAAUAGGCAGCCAUCCGGUCUAAAGGGUUUUAUGGACAAGAAAGUCAGAAGAGCUGAAAUCUCUCGUCUUGUUUCACUUCAACAGGAUAGUAACGUGCGUAGAUUGCAUGAACAAAUUAAAACAUGUGCUGAUGAUGACUGUACAGUUCAUCAUACAAAUAAAAAAAUACACAGACCAGGAAGAAAAACAUGUUCUCUCGCACUUCGUGAAGGUGAGCUCGAUAUCAGCAGACUUUCUGGAAUACUUUUGGUAAGUUCAAAAAUGCCAUGGAAUCCCUGUUCACCGUGCCGCCUUCCUCUUGUAAAAAAAAAGUAUAACACUAAUGGGAUAAAACGCAUGGAUUUUCCAGUCUUCGAAAGAGGUCCCGUGAUGUCCCUGAUGAAAACGGAUUGUCAUCUUUGUACAGAAUGUAGAAAAAAAUAUCAAAAUCUACCAAGAGUAUAUGGCGCUGACAACGAAUCGGAAAACCUGACCCGUCUUAAAUACAGGUUGAAGCUAAAAGAACGCCAGCUCUUGGAAAAGAAAGACAAUUUUGAUAAACCUUCUGGACAAAGUGUGAAACAAGAUAAUUCGCCAAAAAGUUCUUCUCUUAGGCAAAAAGAAGAUCUUAGUGCUAGCCAGCUUGAAGAAUUAGCUUUACCAAAGUUGUACCUUUCACAUCACUCUACUGCCACCGCAGUUUGUAAACAGAAACUGAGAACACCGAGGACACUGUCAAAGAUUACUGAUACUACCCUGAGUUUCGAAGAGCGUUCAAACCAACGGUACUACAAGGUGGUUAAAAUUGAGAGAAUCUCUGCUCAGGAACAACCUUUGAAAAAUUUAACUAAAAAAGGAUCAUCCUCAACAAAGUUGUGUGAUUUUUCAGGUGCUCUACCUCCCCUGACGAGUGAUUUGCGUGUCUUGGCCUCCCCACUUCGUGGUUUUACUCCUCAGUAUUGCAGUGACUUAGCAAAAAGUCCGAUACUUUGGAGAGAGAAUUCUGAACUGAAAAAAGCAAAACAGGAGGAAAAUACCAAAACUGAGACGUAA